AUGUCUUACGCUAGCUUUGGUCCUCCUGGAGUUCCCCCGCCAGGCACUCUAUAUAGUUCAACUUCAUCUACCUAUGGUGGUAGUAGCGCACCUCAACCGUCAUCCUCUUAUAAUAACGGCGGAUCUUCAUAUGCUGGCUCGUCGUACAAAACUUCGGGUUAUGAUGGUUCUUCAUCCUCUUCGCGUUAUGGUAGUGAUCGUGGAGUGGAUCGUUCCUAUGAUGACCGUAGUCGAAGAGAUCGUAAAGAGUAUGAAUCUCGUAACAGCACCAGUUAUCGGGAACGUAGCCCUGGAUAUGAUAGAUAUAAUAGUAGCGAUCGCUACGGCAGUUCCAGUUAUCGUCCUGGUGGAAACAGUUCAUAUUCUAGUGAUCGCAUGUCAGCUCUAGGCUCUGGCUUAACAAGACAAGAGUGGGAUCUCGCUAAGCUUCCAAAGUUUGAAAAGAAUUUUUACACAGAGCACCCAAACGUUAUCUCUCGAUCACAAGCGCAAGUCGAGGAGUACCGGAGAAGACAUGACAUGAAAGUCUUUGGUCGUGACAUCCCCAAGCCAGUCGAGACUUUUGAAGAAGCCAAUUUCCCAGCCUACGUAUUGAAGGAAAUUCUUGAUUUGGGCUUCACUGCUCCCACACCGAUCCAAUCUCAAGGAUGGCCAAUGGCACUUUCAGGUCGGGAUGUUGUUGGUAUUGCCGAAACCGGAUCCGGUAAAACUCUUGCCUACUGCUUACCAUCAAUCGUUCACAUCAACGCACAACCAUAUCUCAAACCCGGUGACGGUCCGAUUGUGCUUAUCCUUGCGCCAACUCGCGAACUAGCCGUACAAAUUCAGCAAGAAUGCACCAAGUUUGGAAAGUCGUCGAAAAUCAAGAAUACUUGCGUUUAUGGAGGAGUUCCUAAAGGCCCCCAGGCUCGUGAGUUAGCCCUCGGGGUUGAAAUUUGCAUUGCUACCCCGGGUCGGCUAAUAGACAUGUUGGAAUCUCGAAAAACUAAUCUUCGUCGAGUUACAUAUCUCGUUCUUGAUGAAGCAGACCGCAUGUUAGAUAUGGGUUUCGAGCCUCAAAUUCGAAAAAUUGUCGAACAAAUUAGACCGGAUAGACAAACUCUCAUGUGGAGCGCAACUUGGCCUAAGGAAGUCAAGCGGUUAGCUGAAGAUUAUCUGACAGAUUUUAUUCAAGUUAAUAUCGGUUCACUUGAUUUGUCGGCAAGUCACAACAUAAAUCAGACAGUUGAAGUUUGUUCCGAAUAUGAGAAGAGAACCAAAUUAGUUAAACAUCUUGAACGCAUCAUGGAUCAAAAAGAUAAUAAAACCUUGAUUUUUACUGGUACAAAGCGCACAGCAGACGAGAUCACUAAGUAUUUACGUCAAGAUGGCUGGCCAGCACUUGCAAUUCACGGUGACAAGGCUCAAACCGAACGUGAUUGGGUAUUAAGCGAAUUUCGAAGCGGAAAAUCACCUAUAAUGGUGGCAACUGAUGUCGCAUCAAGAGGAAUCGGUGUAGCCGCGGGCAACAAGUAUUAA